GAAGUUCCCAAGACAUGUGGGCCGUUAAAUUGAUUGCAGUACUGAGUGUGGUUUCGGUGCACGUGUAUCGGUAUAUGAUGGCGCUGGUAUGAUAUGGCACGCUUACUGAACGGAAUAUUGUUGUACACGUGAUGUCGUGAAAACUAUGAUCGAGGAAAAUUUCGUGAUUUAACCUUGUGAACGGAAAUAAUGGCGGACGACAAAGAGAAGCCUGGUCGACUGAGCGUGAUUCAAAUGGCAGGCACUGAGCUAACGGGGGACAACACCUGCCUAACCUUUGUUCUCCACAACGAGGACCACACCCUGGGCAACGCCCUCCGGUACAUGAUCAUGAAGAACCCGGAUGUUGAGUUUUGCGGCUACAGCAUACCCCACCCAUCUGAGAAUAAAGUGAAUCUCAGAAUUCAAACAAAAGGUUCACCCGCAGUCGACGUCUUCAAGAAAGGCCUGUCUGAUUUAACGGCACUGUCGGAGCACGUCUUAGAAACGUUUGAGAUCAGUGUUCAGAAUUUUAAGGCACAACAACAAGAGGAGGACAUGGACAUUCAGUGAAGGGAAUGUUUGCUGGCCGAGAAAAACUGGCCGGUUGGAAGAGACUUUUUGACGCCGAACUGAAGAAGAGUGAAUCUUUGGAGAUAAUCCAGAAAAUGGAAGCAACUGAUGUCAGUCCCUGAACAAGUUCAGUUACACUGGGCUGACCCCAAGUGUAUUUGCACCUGUUUGCAUGGCUGCUAUUGUUACUAUUAGCUUGAUGUAUCGUAAGAUUGUUCCGAAGAUGCUGGAAUUUUUGAAGUCCUUGGUGACACUGUAGUAGAUUUUCCUGUUUUUUCAGUUUGCUGGAUCAAAUCAAAUAGGGCUUUUUCCAAGUUGUUGAAAAAGCUGUAAAAUUUCUUAUUUACAGUUCAUGUAUUUGUGUGACCAGGUUAGGACACCAUAGAGCAACAGCCAGGUUAGGAACUCAACGAGGUUAGGGCGUUAAAGUACCGGGAGGAUGUUGUGAUGAGCCCUCUGUUGUCAGAAUGUUGCCAGUCUGAAAAAAGGCGAACUCGUUAGCCUUUGCGCGAUGUUAUCAUGCACGAUCUGACUUGGACGAGAGAAAUAGUCCCUUUGUUGAGUUGGCUUUUAUACUACAGUGUGUUAUAUAUGAACUUCAAAUCAAGGCUUGUUUAUAAUAGGUUUUCUUUCUUGCUAUUAAAAUACCACAAAUUUGAAAAAAGGUCAAUGCAAUUGACAUUCUUUUCUUCCCAUUGAAAGUGCUGCUCGUACGCAAUCCAUUGAUCGUUAGUCUAUGAUAUUGCUUGUCCACUUACUACUUUUCUGCAAUAUACUGACGUGUGUUAUUGACUUCAGGAUUUUCAGGUUUGUUUUCUGGAGAAAAAAAGUCGAACGUUGUUGACUAAAGACAUCAUGAUGUA